AUGUUUAGACUACCUGCAACCUCACCCAUGUUUGAACUUUCAUCGCCUUAUCCUCUGAAACAUGUCACCGACCAGAAUCUCCAAAAUCUUGUUGUCGUGCUGUGGAAUUGGGAACUGUGCGAAAACUGCAAGGUCAGGCCAGGACAACAACCAUGCUCUCCCCAAACAUGUCCUGCAGUACGCUGGAGUAGAUUAAAGUUAUUCUUUGACUACUAUCGGAAAGUCACAGCCGAGUAUGUUCCCGACAUGGUUGUCGGGGUCCCUCCAGCAUUACAAAGUCAUACAGAUUUAAUGGCCAUCAUUCGCCAACUCAAGGACAACCCAGAUAAAACGAGGUCCGAGCUAACAGUUAUCUGUUUCUCAAAUCAUAGCGAUGAUCAGAUACCUAUGCCCGCGGACCAAAACAGAGCUUUGGAUCUCGCACUGAGAGUCAUGACAAUGAUAACAUGUUCACUCGAAGCUGGAUCAGCAAACACGCUUGAAGCAGGGUUACAACCGGCUCAAUGGGCACAAGACAUGACAUGGCCUCAGUUUAUCUCCAACGUUUUCCCUACUAAUGACUACUCCGGAGUGGAAGAGAGCGCUGCCACGUUCCAUCAAAUAAACGACAGAGUUACUGCACGAAGACUCUCCAAGGUGGCUAGACUAAGCCUCGUUCCAACUAACGAGCUGUCGAAUCAUCUCAAGCUGAACCAGAAGGACGGAACGGUGGAAAUAUUCCACCAUACAUCAUUUUUAAAAGAGGUUCUUAUCGCAAGCAAAGGAGAUACCAAGCGUGGAUUGGCUGGCAGCAGUGGAAACAUCCUGUUACAGUUUUAG